UUACUAUUUCUUCAACUGCUGAAAAAGUUGUCUAUCUUGUAGUUUUUCAUCUGUCAUUCGUCAUGUUUGUAUGGUCCUAUGGGAAGACAAUUUUCACACCUCCUGCAACCCCCUCUAAUGAGUUCUGCUUAUCAAAAGCUGAUAAAGAACAAUAUGAAAAAGAAGAGAGACCAGAAUCUCAGCAGGAGAUUUUGAGAAGAGCUGCUAAAGACUUGCCUAUCUAUACGACAACAGCAUCGAGAGCAAUCAGAUACUGUGAUCGAUGCCAGCUGAUCAAACCUGACCGCUGCCACCACUGUUCUGCAUGUGACGUAUGUGUGUUAAAAAUGGACCACCACUGUCCAUGGGUGAAUAAUUGUGUGGGAUUUUCUAACUACAAAUUCUUCCUCCUGUUUUUAAUGUAUUCCUUACUGUACUGUUUGUUUGUUGCUGCUACAGUCUUGCAGUACUUCAUAAAGUUUUGGACAAAUGAGUUGCCAGAUACCCAUGCAAAGUUCCACGUCCUAUUCCUUUUCUUUGUGGCAGCCAUGUUCUUCAUCAGCAUCCUGUCACUCUUCAGCUACCACUGCUGGCUAGUUGGCAAAAACAGAUCAACUAUAGAAACAUUCCGUGCACCCACAUUUCGAAACGGUCCUGAUAAAAAUGGCUUUUCUCUUGGAUGCAGCAAAAAUCUAAGGGAGGUUUUUGGAGAUGAAAAGAAGUAUUGGUUACUCCCUAUCUUUACCAGUUUGGGUGAUGGAUGUAAUUUCCCUACUCGUUUGGUAAUUAUGGAUCCAGAGCAAUUUGCAGUCUCAAGCCAAAAUGAUCCUGCCAAAAGCUCUGUAGCCAAUCAGUCCUUUCCUGCUCGACCACUCAGUGAAUCACAAAAUCGGUUGCUAUCUGGUGAUUGUCAGUGGGUGGAAACUGGCCCUGAAGAGGAAAAUGUGAAAUCAGGUGCAAAAAAGCAUAUUAUAGUUUCAUUGGAAAGCUGAUCUCAGCUAAUUACUAACCAACCAUCUCAAUGAGAAACAGGUUUCUGCAACACAUUUUGAGCUUGAAUAUUACUUAAUUUUGUUUGGAAGAAGCUGAGCAGGAAAAAAUGGACCAUGAACAUUUUAGGAAGAGACAAGAAAUUCAAGUUUCUGCACAGUACAAUGGAUUCUUGUAAGCACUAUUGCAGAGCAGGGAAGUUAAGACAGAUGCCUUAAGAUUCUUAAUGUGCAUUUAUGCAACAUUGAAUUAUAUACUGCUACCAAAGGGCCAGAUCCUGAAGUGCCCUGCUUGGAUGCACAAGGUCCAGAGUGGGAACUAUGCAUUUCUUUUAUGCUGCAGUGGUGGGGGUAGAUUUCAGAGACUCCUACCUCCUCAUGGGCAAACUUCAUACCUUAGGCACUGCAGAAGUCACUUCCAUAGCAGGUCUCCAGAGUACAGAAGGAAAGAAAAAAGGAAAAGGAAGAAAAAAAAGAAAAGAAGUCAGCCUAGAGCAUGAUCAGCAAGUCUGAAGUGGGAGUAUACAUAGUUCAGAUGCCAGGUGAUGGGGAAGGGACUAGAUGAUAUCUUCUCCUCUCCUCCUAUUAACCCCAUGAUCACAGCUCUCAAAGUCUUGUGGGACUGAGGGUUCCUUCUACUAGCUGUGCUUUGGAGCAAGGCAAUGCCAACAACAUAAAAGCCUUUAACUUGGGUGUUGCUUUUUUGCUAUAGGGUUGAGCUUCCUCAUCAUUUUAACUUGAUUUAUUUAACCAUACCAAGGACAGAGCUCAAAGAAGAAAGCUUGUGUUUUAGUUGAAAAAAACGUGGAUUAUUACUUUCCAACAAUUGUCAGCAUACAAGGAAAAGGCAGUACAAACAGGAAUUAACAAUUACUGUAUUUUCUGUUACUGUUUGCUGUGUUCUUUGUAAGGCAGCAACAAAAUGGUAAAGUGCCCCUGAGAAAAAUCAUAAUUGCAGUUGUUGUGUUGCUAGAAAACAGAACCAGCAGAGUACUGCUUUUUCCAUGGGAGUCUUGAUGGUUUAUAAAUACUGUUUUAUACUUUUGUUUUAUCUUUUUAAUGAAGGCACAAGGUUUUAUUGGUUCUAAAAUACAAAUAUCAGGUACUUACAAGAAGAUUAGUGUUGGAUAAUAGAUCUAUGUUAGCACACUGAAAAAUUGCAUCCUUUAGUCUCCCACUUUCAAGUCCAGUUUGAGUGAUGCUGAAACUGCUGAAGACUGAUGGCUUUGUGCAGCAAUGUACCUAUUCACAAAAGGCAAAAUGUGUUUCCUGUGUGAAGAAUCAAGCCUGUCCCAUCCUCAGCUCAAGACCUACAGCAAACAACGUGGGGUUUUUUUCCUCAUUCCUCUACAGAGAAGACUGCUAACUCAUCUUUGGUGGUAUUGGAAUUUUGCACCUGGAAAAAGUGACAAAUGCUAUUUUUCUGUCUGUAACUUUUCUGGUGUUCAGCUGAUGCUGAUUACAAAUAGACAUGAGCCCUCUUGAUACAGACUGAAGGUAGUAGUCAAAUUGAUGAUCUAGUCCAAAAGAACCUGUUUGGUUUGUCUCCCAGACUGAUUGCUACUUGAGUUAAAUAUGUUUAUGAUGGAAAUACUAAGGUAUCAAGUAUACUGUAAGGUUUAAAAUAAGUAUUUUUUGUCUUUGGAUAUCAAUUUUUUCUUAAAUAUUAAUCUUCUGGAACAAGAACUCUUUGAGAAUCUAUUAUCAUGAUUUCACUGUUUGAUGUUCUUGAGACAGAAGUAAUGGUCCAAACUUGCAUGUUUUAUAAAAGUUGUAGAAUGUUUCUUCAAACUUUGUACAAGAAAUUUUGCAUUUGCUAAUUCCAAAACUUACAAAAAACGUUUGCUACACAUCUUGAUCUGAAAGGUUUAGCUUUUUCUUCUCAAGUGUUAAGUGAGAAGUGCCCAUCUUAACAUAAGCUCUCAGCAGUAUCGCACCAGCAAAAUUCCUUGGGGAAGAUAACAGAGAAGGAACACUGCUUGUUCAAAUGGCUUGUUCUGAAUACCAAAAUUUGCAGCCCCAAACACUGGUGGAACUGUCAUGGAGGGCCUGGGAUAACAUCUGGCUUUUACUUCAUCCAUGUAUUAUAUCUGAAAUAAAAACAAUAUGUCCAUGCAUGGACAUCAUCUAGCAGAACAACAAAAUGUUUAUCAGAGUCCUAAGUAUCACUGACUCGGCAAUAUGAUCUCUGCUCCCCCCCACCCACUCCCCAAAGUGCUUCAUAUACCGCCCCCCCCAUGAAUGUAUGUAUCCUGGAGGCCAACAUCAAGAGAAUUUGUUUGAUUUCUCUAGUCAGGAUAGUGAAUAUACAGGAAAAAUUGCAAGUAAACAGGCUGGGCUAUUUCCAUGUGCAUUUUCUAGCAAGUGCUGCUUUUCUGAAAUCACUUCUUUGUAUAUCUGAUGGACAUUUUUGAGGCUUUUCAUGAAAAACUGACAUUUCUGACAUGUUUAUGCAGAUCACAGGAAUAUUUUGUCCUAGAUUUUUCAUAUUUGAGGUGAAUAAAGGAGAACAGUGGUUUUAGGAUAAUCCUGAGGUCAGAGUUAUUGUUGGUGUAAAAGUAGGCAUUACUGAAAGUCACUUUGACAAGUACAAAACAUAGUAAAAUGAUUGAAAAAUUAUUCUCCCACAUUUACCACCCCAAGCCCUUUUUUUUUUUUUUCCCCUAGGGGACUGAGACUAAGAGAAACCACAGGCUGAUUUAAAGGAAUUAAGUUCUCUAAGGGAAUUGUACUGCUGAACUCGAAGGCCAUUGAGUGGGAUGGAGGAGUUAGGUUUUCCUGGCAGGCCUGGGCUUUGGGGGAGGUAUCACGGCUAAGGCACCAGGAGGACAUCCUCUGCCUUUGGAGUCUGUCCUGAGCAUUCCCUAGGCUGUGCUGUGCCAGGAAGUCCAUGAGGGAGCAGGAUGGCUCUUUGGUUGUCAGUCUGCAAGCAGUCCUAGAGUCCCUAGGGCUGCAGGAAGAGAUCAUGUUGGUCAUGAGAUCAGAAGGGGGAUGAAUCCUGAGAAAACAACUGUUUAGGCUGUUGGGAUGUGUUGUACGUGCUGGUUUUGUGCUUUAACCUACUCUGUAUCAGGGAGUCUUGAAAAUACCUAGGAUGUCAUUAAAAAUAGCAGUCCUUAAGUUUUUAGAUCCAUUAAAGUAAUGACUACUACAAGCCAUACAUAGUAGUUACUGUAGGAUAGUUGAUAUUGGCUGCAAUUAGAAAUAGCAUUUGUGUUUCAUACUGUUUUUCUCUUUUAAAAAAAUCUACAUACACUCAAAAAAAAAGGUUUUAAAUUCCCAGUGUGAGGACAGAAGCCUGAUGUAGGGGAGGAUUUCAGUGUGAUUUGUUCUCCAUUUUUCUGAAAUGUCUUGAAAUAAACCUGUGAAUAUGAGGCAGGAAAAUACAUCAAUAGAAAUUACUUGAAACUACACAAUACUGGGGUUUUUUUCUUACUCACAGAGUGUCCAACACACACAUCAUUGCUGUUCCUGACAAAGGUGUAUUAUGGGAGGAGGGCAGGAAGAGGAAUAGGUUUCUGUCAUUAAUUGACUUCCUACAGUAUUGAGACUGUAUUGAUACCAGUCAGAUGUGACUAAAUGUGAUUAAAAAUCUCCAUUUUAAGUAAUCAAAGGGUUACUUUAGAGGAAGUUUGGGCACUUCUAUUUUUAGUGAUUUGAGUAGAAAUCAUGGUAACCUUUUUGUUAAAGCUGCCUCUUGAGUGUGAAAUUUGCAAGUACCAAGCUACUUUUGCUAUGCUAUUCUUACAAACUGGUCCUGUUCUCCAGAGUGCUGAAUACUUAAGAGUUUUCAGGUACUGUUUCUUUCCUCUGGUCUUGUGUGGCUCUUGUUUAUUAAUUAUAAAUCAUCUUUUGGGUUGGGAUGAAUUUCCAUACCACUGAGUAUGCACACAAAGACUUCAUGAUCUAACUGAAGCAUGGUCCGGCUAUAGCUAGGCAGAGCCCCAAGAGGAAGGAAACUGCAGCGUUUGCAGCAGCAUUAGUGUCUGGCAGGCUUACCAAGAUGGGCUGAUUCUGACAUAGAAUUGACCAAAUAUGCCUGGAUCUGGAGCACUGACUGACCAGAUUUUUAUUAAAAGGUAAAUAAUAACAAAAUCAUGACAGCUCUGGGCUUCAUAGUUUAUGUUCUCCAAGGACACCCUCUAAAGUUGUGUCUGACUGGGGCGUUUGGGUGUGCAUUUAGGGAGGCUCCAAACAGCAGUUACUUUUAGCUCACAAACAUGUAUUUUCACAGUACCUAAAGAACAGCGAUACGUGCAA